AUGCUUCAGCCUCUGUUUUGUCUGGUAUUCACAGAAGUGUUUGUGAUUCUGCUGCUUCUGUUUAGAACGCCUUUGCGGAAGCCACUUCUCCUUUUGAUGGACAGGGCGAAGCGCGGCCGAGGCCCGGUGGUGGCCUCCACCGCCGGAGGGACUCUCUUUGUGAUUCUGGUGUCCAUUUUGUAUAGUAUAAUCAACACUCAGAAGCGAUCAACGGAUGGGACCCCUCUUAAUCCCACGGAUCAGCUUCUGUUGGUCUACCAUCUUCUUGAAGCUUCACUUUUAGGUGUUUCCCUAUUUCUGGGAUUGAUGAUUGACAGGCUUCAUUAUUACAUAAAAGAACUUCGUUUACUGAGGAAGCAUGUAGAAGCAGUAAAGAAGUUCGAUCAGAGGAAUGAUGAAGUGAAAAACAAGGGAAAGUUAAAGACUAAAGUUGCAGAGGAAGAAGAAGUGGAAGAGGAUUGA